CUUGCAGCUUCAAGUUCCGAUUUACGACCCCCGCCCACGAUGGACGCUGCGACGGAUCAAUCGAUCUUGCGGCAUGAGGUGUCCGAAGUGUGCUUCGGCUUCUACAGCGACGACGAGAUUCGCGAUCUGUCUGUGAAGCAGAUCACGAGUCGCAUCUCGUUCGACACGCUGAAGAACCCCGUCCUCGGCGGUCUCUACGACCCGGCCCUCGGCCCGAUCGACUUUAACAUGAUUUGCCCGACGUGCCAUUUGACGCAGAAGGAGUGCCCGGGCCAUCUCGGCCACAUCGAGCUGCCCGUGCCGGUGUACUCGCCCGUACUCUUCACGACGCUGCUCAACAUCCUAAAGCGCAAAUGCAUGAGCUGCCACAAAUUUCGCCGCCACUCGGCCAACUCGCGCGUGUACCGCGUCCGCAUCCUCCUUCUGGACAAUGGAUACGUCGAGGAAGCAGCGUCGUUGCUCCCGCUGCUCGACCAGAAGGACGGCAACUUUGACGAGAGCGCCAACCAGACGCUGCAGCGCCAGCAGGCCAUCCUCGACGAAUUCGAGCGCCUCGCGUUGUCUGGAACGAAGAAAGCGUUGCCGCGCAACGCACGCAGCGUUGAAGUUGAGCGGGACGCAAUCAUCAACGCGUUCCUCAAGGGCAUGACCAACAAAUGCGAAAACUGCGAGGCGCAUUCGCCGUCGAUCCGGCAAGAUGCGCACGCCAAGAUUUUUCUCAAGCCGCUAAGCCUUCGAUCGAUCAAGCACAACCAGAGCCGCGCCGUUCGUCUCAGCUCUGCGUUCGACGUGCUCUCCAAGUACAGCACCGGGACGAACAAGGACGACUCGGACGAUGACGACGACGGUGCCGUCGAUUCCGACGACGACACAGAUGACACCAAGAAUGCCGCGUCCGCCGAAAACCAGGGCGCCAACCAGUACUUGGCACCGCUGGAAGUCAUGUCACAACUGCAGCUGCUCUGGCAACACGAAGAAGGGUUGAUGGAGCUCAUGUGGGGGAACCGACUGGUGGCGAAUGGCCGCAGCCCCGAUGCGAACGCCUCCAUGGACGGCUGGCGCAAGUUUUUCCUCCAAGUAAUCCCGGUCGCGCCGUCCCGCUUCCGUCCGCCUGUGAUCAUGGGCGACUCGCAGUUUGAACACUCGCAAAACAUUUACUUGUCCAAGAUCAUUACGUUGAGCGAGCAGCUCGUGAAUGUGUCUGGCAUGCGUCGCGGCCAUGCGAGUUCGACAGCCGCCGACUCGGACACUGGCGUCGACCUCUCUGAGAAGAUUUAUCUGUGGACAGAGCUCCAGACCCAAGUCAACUGCCUCAUCGACAACUCCAAGGCGAAGCGGCCGGACGAUGUCCCGCAGGGGAUCAAGCAGCUCAUCGAGAAAAAGGAAGGGUUGUUUCGCAAGCACAUGAUGGGGAAGCGCGUCAACUACGCCGCGCGGUCGGUCAUUUCCCCUGACCCGUACAUCAGCACGAGCGAAAUCGGAGUCCCGUUGCGGUUUGCCAAGACGCUGACGCUGCCGCAAGCCGUCACGCCAUGGAACGUCGUGGAGAUGCGCCAACUCGUCGAGAACGGGCCGGAUGUCCACCCUGGCGCCAACUUUGUGGAAAACGAACGAGGCCAACUCAUCGACUUGAGCAAGCGGACGCAUCACCAGCGCGUGGCGAUCGGAAAAACACUGCUCACGCGGUCGGCGUCGGCCCACGGCGCGCACCAAGAGCACAAGGUGAAGCGUGUGUGGCGCCACCUGCACUCGGGCGACGUCGUGCUCAUGAACCGCCAGCCGACGUUGCACAAGCCGAGUAUGAUGGCGCAUGUGACGCGCGUGCUGACCAACCCGGCCAUGCAAACGAUUCGCAUGCACUACGCCAAUUGCAACACGUACAACGCAGACUUUGACGGCGACGAAAUGAACAUGCACUUCCCGCAAAACGAACUCGCGCGCGCCGAAGCGUACACGAUCGCCAACAACGACAACCAGUACAUCGUCCCGACCGACGGGUCGCCCCUGCGUGGGCUGAUUCAAGAUCACGUCGACUCGGGCGUCAAACUCACACAGCGCGACACGUUCCUGACCAAGGACCUGUACAUUCAGCUCGUGUACAGCGCAUGGGCAUGUCUGGACCACGAGCGCGGAGGCGAAAUCGACAUCCUCCCGCCCACGAUCGUCAAACCGACGCCGCUUUGGACGGGCAAGCAAGUCAUGUCGACGAUUCUACACCACUUGACUCAUGGCAAACCCAAGCUCAACCUGAACGCGAAGGCCAAGAUCAAGGCCGACUUGUAUGGCCCGCAAAACGCCGAGCAUGUCGUCGUGUUUCGCGAUGGCGAGUUGCUCCAGGGUGUGCUGGACAAGGGCCAGUUUGGUGCUACCGAGUACGGCUGGGUCCAUGCUGUGUACGAGUUGUACGGCAGCGGGACGGCCGCCAAGCUCCUCACGGCCCUUGGACGAGUCCUCACAUGCUACCUGCAGUAUGCGGGCCACACGUGUGCGCUGGAAGACUUGACCCUGACUGAAGAAGCUGAAGCGGAGCGCCGCCGCCUCGUCCAGCACGCUGUUGUUCACGGCGAAAUCGCGUACUCAGAGUUUGCUGGCCUGGCAGACGUGGCCGCGGCCCGCAAAGCCGAAGCGGACGCCAACCACGACUCUGUCCGCCUCAUGAACGACGUCGAACGCACCAAGAUCCGCGAAACGAUGCAGAAGCGCAUGGCCGAAGACUUGGAACAAACGUCGGCCGGCCUCGAUUCGCACAUGAUGGGUUUCGUCCACGGGUCGAGCUCCGACAUCAUCAAGGCGUGCUUGCCCCACGGUCAAAACAAGUCGUUCCCGGCCAACUGCUUUAGUCUGAUGGUGUUGACGGGGGCCAAGGGGAGCAUGGUCAACCACUCGCAAAUCUCAUGCGGCCUCGGCCAGCAAGCACUCGAGGGGCGCCGCGUGCCCGUCCUCGUAAGCGGCAAGUCGCUUCCGUCGUUUGAAGCGUACGACCCGAAUCCACGCGCCGGCGGGUACAUCACAGAUCGUUUCUUGACCGGGCUGCGGCCGCAAGAGUACUACCACCAUUGCAUGGCCGGGCGCGAAGGGCUCGUCGACACGGCCGUCAAGACGUCUCGAUCCGGGUACCUCCAGCGAUGUUUGAUCAAGCACUUGGAAGACCUGCAUGUCGCGUACGAUCACACUGUGCGUAAUGCGGAAGGCACGGUCGUGCAGUUUUUGUAUGGCGAAGACGGCGUUGACCCGAUGCAAGCGGCGUUUUUAAGUGGCAAGGCGGACCAGCUCUCGUUCUUGGCGAUGAACCACGCGUCGCUCACGCACAAGUUUGGCAUUUCCGGCGAAUUCCUGGAAAACUCGGGGCUGGACGUGGUCGAACCGGCGCAUGUGCACCAGCGCAUCAAGGACGCCAAGCGGUACGGGUAUGACCGCGCCGCGACGACGGCGGGCCUUGAAAUGCACACGAUGAAGGUCGGGUUGGCGAUCCAGGCCCGCCGGCUCAAGGCGGGGGCGUCCAAAUGGAGGAAGGGCAACUUUGAACUGGGCUGGCACGACGCUGUGAUUGUCCAGGUCGACGACGCUGGCGACUACCCGGUCUAUGACAUCCAGUACAUGGACACGGGGCUCACGGCGCACGCCGUCCCCGAGUACAAGCGGUUCAAAGCGAGCGAUACCAUCUCGCCCGACGUGUCGUACCUCAGCGGCACGGUCCAGCUGCUCCGCCCGGUGCUCCCGGAUCCAGUCAUGCACCAACUUCCGCUGAACGCGCACAUCGGGGUCGUGUCGGAAAAAACGCAGCUUGACAUUGAAGCGUAUGCCAAGGGCAACCCCGCGGGCCUCCUCGAAUCCAAAAAGACCAAGGCGCUGCCGGCCGCUGCCAAGUCUCCCAUGAUGCUGUCGCCGCUCGGGUUUCGCCUCAUGGUCUGGGUCAAGUACAUGCGAUCGCUGUGCCAGCCGGGCGAAAACGUCGGGACGAUCUGCGCCCAAAGUAUCGGCGAACCGUCGACGCAAAUGACGCUCAAUACGUUCCACUUGGCUGGCCACGGCGCCGCCAACGUCACGCUCGGCAUCCCGCGUCUGCGAGAAAUCAUCAUGACCGCGAGCCAAAAGAUGUCGACGCCCAUGAUGACGGUGCCGCUCUUGCCGACGACGUCCGCGGCCGCGGCGCAGGCCGUCGAGCAGCGCUUGAACCAAGUCCCGUUGGCGGAGCUCCUUCGAAACACCAAGGGGAUCCGCGUCCAGGACGAGUUCAAGGAGAGCGCGAACCGCGUCCUGUGGGUGCGCGAAUACACGAUUCGUCUGUCGUUUUUCAAGGCGAAGGCGAUCCGGUCCGCGUUUGGCAUCUCGAUGAAGGAAGUGCAUCGCAGCUUUGGCCGUGUGUUUGUGUCGCGGUUGCUUACGCUGCUGAAGCAUGAGAUCCGCAAGAGCGGCGUCGCUCUGAGCACGUCGCGCGCCGUCGACAACGACAUCGAGACCACGGCGACCACCCGCUUUCGCAAGCACGACGACGACAACGAAGACGAUGACGAAGCCCAAGGCACGAUGCGGUUUGGUGCCAAGAAGGAAGCGUCUGGGUACGGCGAAAUGGACGACGAUGACCGAGCGAUUCUCGCACAGCAGCUCAACGAAGACGACGCGCCCCGUGCAGGUGCGACGGACGGGUCGGACGGGUCGGACACAGAGAACUCGAGCGACGACGAAGUGGACGCGGCGCCGCUCAAGACCGUCGCGGGUGAGAUCGACCCAGUCCCGGUCACUGAAACGGUGCGCAAGAGCCCGUACUUUGCCGGCGCCGGGUUCAACUCGAAGGAACAAUUUGGCGAACUGAAGCUCCGGUUUCCGGCCAACUUUAAGACGUUGCUCUUGGUGCCGCUGAUUGAAAAGGUCGCGAGCCACGUGCUUGUUCGGUCGUGCCCGGGCAUCUCGCGAUGCUACCAAGUCAAGCAGCGCCUCGGCCGCUCCGACGUCGAAGAGCAGUGCAUUCAAACGGCGGGGCUCAACUUUCAAGCGAUUUGGGAACUCGACGACGUCCUUGACGUGAACCGCCUCGCCACCAACGACAUUUACCAAGUUCUGCGGCACUACGGCGUCGAAGCCGCGCGCGCGUCCAUCUCGAAGCAAAUCCAAGACGUGUUUGGCGUAUACGGGAUCAGCGUGGACCCGCGCCACUUGAAUCUUCUCGCCGACUACAUGACGCACCACGGCGACUACAUGCCCCUCAACCGAUCCGGCAUGGUGCACAAGGGAUCGAGCUUCCAACAGAUUACGUUUGAAACGUCGAUGAAGUUCCUGACGGCCGCCGCGACGGCCAACUUGGGCGACUCGAUGGACGGCCCGUCCGCCCGCCUCGUGUUGGGCCAGCCCGUCAAACUCGGCACGGGCAGCUUCUCGUUGCUCACCCCCAUCUCGCUAUAAGGCGGUCGGUCAGUCGGCUUCAACACUCUUCCUAUAUAAUCUAGAAUGCGUUCGCUUAAU